AUGUCUGGGCACACGGUUGCGGCCUGCAACGCUCACAAGGAAUCAUCAGCAUCACCAAAGCACCAUCAGCUUUUGCGACACACGUGUCAUUCUUACCAUACUACCUAUUGCCGAGACAUGUUGGUUCAAGCGUCCAUCGCUUCCCGUUGUAUUUGUGCACCUUCCCUGCUUGCCCGGCGCCUUGCGAUGCCGUUGGCCAUUCAGUUGGUGGUGCUCGACGACCUGAAGGGCAUCCAGAGGAUCGCGAUGGGACAGCGCAAGGUUGGCAGUCCACCUGGGCUUGCAAGCAUUGCGGGGCUGCAGGCAGGCGAGUUUGACUCCCCGGCUCAGCAGAAUCCCGCCGUGGGUGCAGCUGCUGGAACGGCAGCCCGUGCUGUGGCGGAGCGCGACUGGGACGGGCAGUGGGUCACAGUUGGCAGUACAUUGCGUAGUGCCAUUCGCACUCAUGUCGGCGGUCUGCUCAGGCGCAGCCUGUACUGA